AGGACAGAAGGACAGAGGAUAAAGAGGACAGGUACAGAGGACAGAGGAUAGAGAGGACAGAGGACAGAGGUCACCAUGGGCUGUAACAUGUGUGUGGUGAAACGUCCAGAGGAUCAGUACAGGAUCAUGUUCCAGCAGAAAGGACGGAGUGACUCCCUGCGGCCGAUGGACAGACAUGGAAACAUAAAGGUCCGAGGACGGAGACCCUCUCAGCUCCCGCUGGACAGACCACAAAUCUCCCAGCAGCCUUUGCAGCAGCUGGGGUCGUCCCGCAGGAGUCACAGGAGGAAAGGAACGUUAGCGUGCAGCACUAUUGCUAAUGGAAACGGCUCUGUCUGCUCUGUUGCCAUGGUAGCGAUCCCUGACUGCGUCGACAAUGCCACGCAGACGGACAUCAGCUUCCAGAACACUAGAGGUCAUCACUAUGGCGACAGGGGAGGCUCUCCCCCCGCUCUCCCUUCCCCUCCCCCUGGAGAGAUGGACGCCAUCAACCAGUUCUGUGUGUUUGAGUUCAACGACCCCGACGAUUACUUUGAUGUCUCCAACCACGAGGUGGACCGACAGGACGCCCUGCAGUACGAGGAAGUGUCUCUGUAUAAAUCGAGCCAGCGGGAGAAACUGGGUCUGACCGUCUGCUACCGGACCGAUGACGAAGACGAUCUCGGGAUUUAUGUUGGAGAGGUAAAUCCAAACAGCGUAGCAGCAAAGAACGGACGAAUCAGAGAGGGAGACCGAAUACUGCAGAUUAAUGGCGUAGAUAUCCAGAACAGAGAGGAAGCCGUCACCAUUCUGACCAGAGAGGACAUCAACUUCUCUCUGCUGCUGGCCCGGCCGGACACAGAGAAUGAAAACCCUGUUGGUCCUGAUGAAGACGUGGAGCUGACUCUCUCCCUCCCUCCCGCCCCCCCCUCUGGAUACUUCAGCCUCUGCAGCCGGGGGGGAGGGGGCCCGGCCUGUGACGUGGACAAGGAAGAGGAAAAGGAAGAGGAAGAGGAGGAAGGAGAGCGAGGAGAGAAGGAGGUGCCACUGCCCCCCCUGCUCAGCCUGGCUCCGCUGCUGUCCAACAGCCAGGAUCUGGACAGCGGUGUGGGCCGCACCGACGACAGCACCGAACACAACACCAACACCACCAACACACCGGGCAGCGCCAGGAAGUUCAGACCCAGCCCCAGGCCCAGUCCUAGGCCCAGUCCUAGACCCAGCCCCGGCUUUGGCCCCGGCCUUGGAAGCAGCCCCAGCCCCGGCUUCGGACCCGGUCUUGGCCGAGGAGACACCACCCCUACUUUCCUCCACCUGCGAGACCUCCAGCUCAGCUCUGACUCCCUCCCUGGCCUGGACCGGGCCGCUGGGGGAGGAACAGGUGGAGCAGCAUUCAGUCCCCACCACAAGCAUCACCCCUACCAGCUGACGAUGAUGAUAAUGCCAGGCCUGACGGAGGAGGAGUGCCAGCGCUACCAGGAGCUGCUGGAGAUCAGGUGCCAGUACGAGAAACAGAACGAAAAACAGCAGAGAGAAAAUAAAUGUGAAGACGUCGACGUUGAAGCAGAGGUGAACGACCUGAACGAGAUGGGAGGAGACUCUUCUUCGGCGGCGACUCUGAGCGAACACGAGAUGGCGCUGAUCGAGGAGGAGCUGCGCCACCUGGAGUUCAAGUGUCGCAACAUUCUGCGAGCACAGAAGAUGCAGCAGCUCCGAGAGAGAUGUCUGAAGGUCUGGAUGAUGGAGGAAGAGGCGGCAGGAGCAGGUUUGGAUAAUGAGAAUGAGGACGACGAGGAUAAUGACCCUCUUCAUCACGAGUUGUCUGCCAUCAACGAGCUCCCGGAGCGAGAGCGAUCUGACGACAGAGACAGCACCAGCGCCUACAACACCGGGGGGGAGAGCUGCCGCAGUACGCCGCCGGUCAGCACCGAGCAGAUCCCGCCUCUCCAGGAAGAGGAAGUGAUGUCUCCGCCUCCUCUGCUCCCUCUCGGCUGCCUCCCCCCUCUGAACUCCCCUCUCAUGCCGCGGCGUCACCGUCGUGACCGAGACAGAGAGAGACGCCACUCCAACCUCAGCGGCCCCUUCUCCCCCGGCAGCGACAGGAAGUACCAAACACACGGGUCCUUCUCCCCGGUCGGCGACAGAAAAUACCAAACACACGGGUCCAGCUCUACCCCCUCUACACCCUCCAAGUUCAGAUCUCUGAGCAGAGAGGCGGGGUCAUCUCCCAGAAGAGGUGUUGCUGAUGGGGGACGGGGCUCCAGAGCAGGUGGCGCCCGCGAAAGGCCCGCAGGAGGAAGUGCAGAGUCCAGUCCAUAUUUCAGCAGAAGACGCCAAAGCCACAACAAAGCGUUAGAGCGCUACCAGAGCUGCAUGGCGCUGCCCUCUGAGGGCCUGGUGGACCCUCUGGAGAGGGGGGUGGGGAUGGGCAGCAGUGGCCCCGCCAGCCCCAGGAGUGUGAACAGUGCCCCCUGUGGUCUGGAGGAGCGGCAUACCAGCGCCUCACGGUUAGGACUGGCUCUGCCGCUCGGGCUCACUCACUCAACAACUGCCUCGCCUCAACGCAUGGAGUGGAAGGUAAAAAUCCGGAGUGACGGCACUCGCUACGUGGCCAAACGGCCAGUGAGGGAUCGUCUCCUGAAGGCCCGGGCCAUGAAGAUCAGAGAGGAACGCAGUGGCAUGACGACGGAUGACGACGCUGCCAGUGAGAUGAAACAGGGUCGAUACUGGAGCAAAGAGGAGAGGAAGCAGCAGCUGCUGAGAGCCAGAGAAACCAGACGGAGAAGAGAGUUCAUGAUGCAGAGCCGACUCCACUUCCUCACAGGACACAGGGACCCUUCAUCUUUGACAGGAGGCGCUGCAGAUGAAGGCAGCAACAACAUUCUGGCACUGAGCCAGAAGAAGAUCCUGAAGAAGAGAAACCGCCGAAUCCUUGACAACUGGAUCACCAUCCAGGAGCUGCUGGCGCACGGCUCCCGCUCACCGGACGGACACAAGAUCUACAACCCUCUGCUGUCGGUCACCACGGUGUAACUGGGGGUAACUGGGUAACCACGGGGGGAAGAGGAAGAGGAAACAGGGAAGCAACGACAAUACAACAACUCUCUGUUCUCCAUUGACUUGUAUUGCUCGAUGAUGUGUCUGGGGGGUGGGAGCAAGAAAGUAAAUACAGGAAGAAGCUCCUUUGUUCUGGACAUCUCCAUGGUCAAACCAGCUCAUUUCAUUUAAAUAAUCAGACAUUGUUUUGCACCUACAUUACUACGUCUGCUCUGCUCACUGAGAUUUUGCUCUGCUUGGCCGGUCUGUCUGUCUGUCUCCAACUUUUGAGAUGGCAGGUGUUACAAUGGAGAUGUGAGUAACGGACGGCAAGCUUGACUGCUGUCUGUUUCUGAGAGAGAAACAAUGAAGCUGCUACAGUUUGCUGCUCUGCCGCGUCACAGAUUGCUAAACACACCUGAUUACAGGAGACAUUAUCUCAGACUUGUGGAGUUUAUAUAGUUGGUGCGGUUCGAAGUCAGAUCACGUUCUCAUUACUAAUGAUGGAUUGAAAGCGUACUGAGACCACCUCAUCAAGCAGGUCUCUGUAUGCUUGUUUGGUCGCUUUUGGUGCACCGGAGUGUGGUUUCUUCACUUGAUAAAUUAUCUUUUAAACUGACAAACAUCAGAUGUGUAAUUCAUGGCUGAAUUCUAACAGGAUCAGAACAUUAUCUGUCUCUCCCUGCUCACUACCUGACAUAUUUCUUCUGAAAUAAAGUCCCACUGUGGGACUACACCAUGGGACCAUCUCUUUAAAGAGAACCAGGUUAUGAUGUCUCUUCAAACUUCGACAUAUUUUAAGGGGGAGAACCCGUUUUCUUCGGACCACAAGAAAAUGUUCCUGACAGGUCGAGAGACUCUUCCCUACCUGAAGGACACAGGUCUGAUCUUUGAGUGUGUUCAUGCUGAACUAAAGGGUAAUUAACACAGGCUAAAAAGAGAGAGGAGAGACAUUGGCGUGCAAGAAGGCACAAACUGGCAAAAAACAGAGGCAAAGACACGUCUGUGCGUGUUAAAUGUGUUUUAAUUUGAACAAAACAUUUGUGCUAACGCUGGGACUUUAUGAAUCUUUCUCAUGAAAGUACAGAGAGUAAAAAAGGGAAGACUGGAGGGAAAUGGCAGAAAGAAAAUAAGAGUUCCUGGCUCCUGAGAUCAGUCAGAGACUCAGCUGAACUUCUGGUUAGCGUACAGCUAACGUAUUGUUUAAUUUAAUUUUGACUUUCUGUCUGAAGUUAAAGCAGGGCGAUGAAACUGCUCUGGUUAAAACUGCAGUGUGAUCUGUGAUGAUUAAAGAGCACAGACACUGAAUCGCUCAACAGAACAUGGAGAUUAGACGGCAACCUCUGAGAGAAGAACUUUCUUUGGUAUAAAAAGAAACAUUUGAAGAGAUUGAGAGGAAGUCAAGUAAUCUCCGCUCCAUGUCUCUGAAUCUAAGAGACUUUAUUCUCAGAGGAUAUGAAUGUAGAAAUCUUUGCUGUUGCUGCAGAAACAUAUUGACAGAAUACAGAAAGAAAUAAUUAUUAAAGUAUUAUUUAUAGUCACACAGUGAGAGAUUGUAAUAUUGACCGACAUUUUCAAACACAAUGUGCAUUAAAAGGAAAAGUACCACUUUUCUUCCCGUCAGAUCUAAUUGAUCUGUGAACAUUUCAUUUUAUUUACAGAUGCAUCAUUUGUAAAUCACUUUCCCACAAUGCCUUGCCUUAUAUUUGUUACUGUUUUCUUCGUCUGUGAGAGGAGAAAUGUGUCUGUCUCUUCUUUGAUAGUCUUCUUUGAGGGUUUAUAGCUGUAUGAGUUUUAGUUUUUUUUUUUUUCACUCUUAUC